GUCACAUCCGGUGAGUGGGGUCUUUUUUUGUUUUCCCGUAUCCGCCAUUUCAGUUUUUGAAGUUAGUUGUCAUCGGUCGGUGGAUUGUGGUCGUAAUUCCGUCUCUAAAGCGAACUACAGCGCUGCAGGAACUUAUUUCCAGUCCUCUCGCGAAGAAGAGUAGUCUCAGACAGUGGUUCUGGUUCUGUAUGGGUGGAUUGGUGUCCUAAGGGCCAGCUGCGGAGGUCGCCUGUUUGCUGAACGGGCUCUCGGCGCUAAAGUUUUUGUAUGAGUUGAAGGUUCCGUCUGCGGAGAACCGGAGGGAGAGAAGGGAAGGCCCGGGAAAGCCUCGGCUUUGAGUGGUAAUCAUGGCCGGAAAUUUUGACGCGGAAGACCGUGGCAGCUGGUUCUGGGGUCGGUUGAGCAGACAGGAGGCUGUGUCUCUGCUGCAGGGGCAGAGGCACGGCGUGUUUCUGGUCCGGGACUCCAUCACCAGCCCCGGGGACUACGUGCUCUCCGUAUCAGAGAACUCCAAAGUCUCGCAUUACAUAAUAAACAGCAUCAGCAACAACCGACAAUCCGGUCCAGGUAAGGCAGCGAAAAGGGGUUUGGAGAGGGGGGUUUAGAUGGUGGGACCAUUCUUGCAUGACUUGCACCAAAGCAGAUGCGCAGCAGUCCCUUUCUGCUCCUUAACGGAGAAAACGGGGCCAGACCACAUGCAAACAUGUGCUGAUCUAACACUGGCCUGUUCAUAGUAACACACGCUUCUGCUCAGACAGAGGUGCAGAGAUUACGCAGACUGAUUAUGCACGAGGGUGUAAAUCACUGCUGCAUGUUUUGUCACUACAAUACACAGGGGUGUCACCACGAACUCACCAUAUCACUUUGGGCCCCACCACCACAGCCAGAGCUACCCUGCACACCUGCAACGACCACACCCCCAUUGUGCAUUGAAGCCAUUAAUAGCUCUCAAUAAGCUCUAAUUUUGUCACUCACUGACUCAAGAAUCAAUAGCCAGAUGAUAAACACCAUGAUAUUUCCAUAGCAACAGCUGUAGAUUUCUAUUGACAAUGUAAACAUCUACAGUGAACCAAGGCGGGCACAUGUAGUCAAAAUUUCCCCUGUUAAUAAUGACUGUGAUAUCAGUUGUUCUUUUGAUUCUGUGCAAAAUAAGUGGACGUUAAUGUUAAAACCAUAGACUGUGUAUAGAAUAGACAGAGUCUGCCUCCUUGCUGGGUGAAGCCACUCCGAAAACAGCACCCUCUGUUGAUGGGCUGCAGUAUAGGUCAUGUUUCCCACCUCCGCCAGCAAAGCUUAUGGGGCUGUGGACAAACUUUAGAAAUUUAUUACACAGAAUAUAUAUUUUUCCCCCCCCUGCUUGUGAUGUUGACAUGUAGUUACAGUAAGACUGGUUUGUGCUCAAGUCCUCUUUUUUCUGUGAAGCUCUGUUUUUAAAAGUUGUUAGGGAGUUCUUGAUUUCUAUGAUUGACUCCUUAUACAGCCUAUGGGCGUUCAGGGAUUGCGUAGCUCACCUGGGGGGAUACGCUGUUUGAGCCGAGCGUCAUCACAUGACCACCAACGAGGCCAGACUGGUGCCCUGAAUAUCAAAUCCUGCCUAUCGUAGAGUUUAAAUGAGAGAUUUAUUCACUUCAAAAACCUCUAUGGCAUGAUUAUAAAACUUGAGACAAAUAUAAUAUAACUGGGUUCAGCCACUCUUGUUUUGACCUCAAAACUGGAAUAGUUUCUCUCAGUCUUAGUCCUUCUUUUGACACUGAAAAUUCAGAACGUCUUCCUUGACAUUUUAGAGAUUUAUUUUUUGAAGUUCCUGUCUGAAAAGAAACCUUACCCAGGUUCCAAUCCUUCCUCUAUUGGGGCCUGGGUUGUUGAUCCGGCUGUGACGCCUAUAACACACCCAGGUGGUUGGUGUGUGUGUUUAAACAGAGGACAUUAUUCAUAAACGGUCUGGUCUGGUGCACCAUUUAAAUGAGUCUUAAUUCACCUGCCGACCCUGAGGGAGCUGUAAAUGUUCAAAAGCCUGUCACAUUGCCAGGUUAUAACAGACUUUGACCAGUAAUCACUCACUAUCUCAGCUGGGUUUUCCCUCUGCAGGACAGUGCUUUUUAUGUUUCCUCAUGCAGUUGCAGAACCAAUGCUGGUCUUUCUUUGUAUGGAACAUAAAUAUGAAAGGUGGGGGGAAAAAAAUCAUAAAAUAAGGAAACAAAACUCCUUCCUGCUCAUGUGGGAAAUCACCACCAUCGUGCUUGAUUGCAUAAAUAGAAAGAGUUCUGAUCUGCUGUGUUUAAACAUGCUUAGAAAAUCUCCUGUCUCUGACUCUUCUCUUUCUUAAAUCCUCACCUUUCUCCCAAGGUUUGGCCCAUCCAAGGUUCCGUAUUGGCGAUCAGGAGUUUGAUGCUCUCCCUGCUUUGCUAGAGUUCUACAAAAUCCACUACUUAGACACCACUACCUUGAUAGAGCCCAUCAACAAGUCCAAACACACAUCCUUUAUCAGCGUCGGCCCCGGUGGAGGACCCCCACCGCGCCUGGAAGACGAAUAUGUCCGUGCACUUUUUGAUUUCCCCGGCAAUGACGAGGAGGAUCUCCCAUUUAGGAAGGGCGAUGUUCUCCGAGUUCUAGAGAAGCCCGAGGAGCAGUGGUGGAACGCCCAGAACUCUGAAGGCCGGGCAGGGAUGAUUCCAGUGCCAUAUGUGGAGAAGUACCGACCGGCAUCUCCAAGCUCAGCAGCGGGGCCUGGCGUGCCAGGGGGACCGCCUGGAGGAAUGGGAAUGGUAGGGAACUCUGACGGCACUGCAGCCCAGUCUGGAGCUCCUCUACUGGGAGACCCAAGCCAGUACGCCCAGCCCACCCCCCUUCCAAAUCUCCAGAACGGGCCUGUCUAUGCCAGGGCCAUACAGAAGAGGGUGCCCAAUGCCUACGACAAGACUGCCCUCGCCUUAGAGGUAAAUAUCUACAUGUGUGUGUCUGUUUGUGUGUGUGUGAUAUCUUUUCUUGACUCCAUCCUGUUAACAUGCUGGAGAGAAGUUGACAGUUUUAGAAAGAAGACUCUUCUUCUGCAGGGCGAGACUGAACCACUUGCAGACACCCAAAGGGCCUUUUGCAAGUGAACUCUUUGCUUUUUUCAGCUUAUACGUUCUACAUGAUGUGAUAUACCUCCUAACCGAGGUCUGCCCCCCUCCCCAGUUUUUAACUCUGACACCCAAACAUGACCCUGAUUCCUCCAAAAUUUAGAAAGUCCUGGUAAAUGUAACAGGAUCUCAUUGUUUGCAAAUGAUGUAAACCUUUUAUCAAAUUUAGAUGGUGCAAAAAAAACAACCAAAUGUUGAGACUGGAAUAUUUGAUUGUGUUUAUGUAAUACGUUUUUUUAAAGGGGAUAUGUAGUUGUUCAUUUUAAAUUUGAUACCAACAACACUUCAAAACAGCUGAACAGGGAAAACAAAACACUUAGAAAGUGGUGUAAUGUGUGAAAAUACAAAGAAAGACGUCUUCCUUGAAUUAAUCUGCAACAGACUGGGUGUUAAAAAAAAGUGCAUUGCAAAAAGGCUGAGCAUCUUAAAAGUUUAAUAGAGGUUAUCGGAAAUAUUUUAUCAUCUACAGGACAUCUUAUUUAAAAAUUCAGAGAAUCUGGAGAAAUAUUCACACUAAAAAGACAAGACUCAGAUUCAGUGCUUUAAGCCAGGCUUUCAGGUAAACCCGACAUGACUCUGCAGUGGAAGUCACUUCACAGGCUCAGCUGCAUCCAAAAACUAUAGUCUGUGAUCAUAGUUCAUUACUGCAUCCUCAAAGCAGGUUAGAUCUGCACCAUGUUCCAAGGAAACUAAAUAUAGACAUGAACCAGAAACUCCCCCAACUUCUCAGGGCAAGGCUCCUUGAAGAUGGACUGACUCAAAGUGAGAAACCGUCCUGUGGUCUGACAAAUCAAAAUUUGACUUGUCAGUUGGAAAUCAUUGAUGUCACAUCCUCUGCUGGAAAGAGUAGAGCUUGUUAUCUGUGCACAGCUCAAAAGCCUGCAUCCCUGACAGUUUGGGGAUGCAGAAGUGUCCAUGUUAUGUGCAGCUUACACAGGUUUGAAGGUUCUGUCAGUGCUGAAUAAUAUAUGCAGGUGUUGGUGUAACAUAUGCUGCCAUCUGGACUGUACAAUUUUAGGAUGAUCCUGCAUAUUUCAGUCAAAACAGCACAGAACCACAUUCGUAAGAGUGUCUUGGUGCUAAACUGGCCGCCCUACAGUCCUGACUUGUCACCCACUGAAAACCUCUGUUGUGUCGUAACACAAAAUAUAACAAAAGAGGCCCUGAACUGCUGAGCAGCUGAAAUCCUAAAUCAGAUAGGAACCGGACAUUCUCUCUUCCAUAACAUUUUAUUUUUAACAACUUUUAAUUCAGUCCCAAAUUUUUUGAUUUGAGGUUGGAAGAAAAGUGCCACCAAACUGCUCCCUGCACUCAGUGGCAGGGCUGUUAAACCGUGCGGAAGCAAGAGCGGGACUCCCAGGGAGCAGGUCGUUGGGGGAAGGAAAUAGUUUGUGUUUGGGAACAGGACCAUUUCCUUUGGUCUCUCUGAAGCCAGAAGUCCAGCAGAGCCUGGAGUGAGAUUUGAAGGCUGUUUAUUCUAAGAGUAUGCUGUCCCUAUCCAAGUACACCAACAAAGAGUGAUCAUUUUUGAGCCCCCAAACUGAAGCUGGUUUUGCAAUGUCUGAGAUUUGUCUCUCUCCGGCUCAUCUGUCAUUCAGACGAGCCUUUGUACAAGUUCACUCACUUACAACACAGGUAGAUCCUUUGUAUGAGCUGGUUUCUGCCACUCCCACCUGUGGUAAAGACUCUUGUCUUUGACCUGCAUGUUUUCUCUGCUCGAGUUGACCAGAAGUGACUCAGCAGGGCGUGACGGGAUAGUAAAUAAUUAUCUUCGUUUUCUUGUCUUUUGGACUGAAAACCCGUCUGAUCCUGGAGGUUCAGCCUCAUCUUUAGCUAACAAAGCUCUUCAAUCACGAAUGAGUCCGUUAAUCCUACAGAUACUGACUCUGUGUCUCAGUCAGAACUUUUACAAGUCAACAGCAUGUCAGGAUUAUGUGCUCCAUUUUUUACACUUCUAGACAUUUUGGUAUCAUAGAGUUUUGAUGUUAUUUAGAGUUUAAAGCCUUUUAAGUCAUAGUCUGCAUCAAAAUAUGUAGUUAAUGUUGAAGCUACAUUAGAGAAAACUCCAAAUCCCUGAAUCGUCUGAAUAAGUAUAACCAAAAGAAAUACAGAAGCGCUUUUCACACAUUAAUCCAUGAUUAUGAAGGAUUCAGUUUAGGUGGUACUGGGUGUGAAGGACCAGCAGGAGGAGGAGUGUCCCAUACUGGUAACAUUUCUGGGUUGGUGUCACUAGAACAUGACUCAGCUGUACAGUCACACCAGUAGUAAAGAACAUAAAGCAAAGAAACUUCUCUGAUUGUGGAUGCCUUCAUCGCCCCACCUCCUCAGUGGCAGUGAAUUGACUUUUACCUGCUGCAUUCAGACCCUGACUUCUAGGGAUGGGCGACAUGGGCUAAAAAAUUUGUCACGAUAAGUUUUGCCAUUCUGCCGAUAACGAUAAAAGUCCAGAUAAAAAAUAUUGUAAUGCCAUUCUAUGUUUUUGACUCAUUUUGUCUUGAGAACACCAGUUGGAAUAGUCAAAUAAGAUACUUAGCCACAAGUUUGAGUGGUAGGUUAUGGAGAAAACUAAUGACAUCAAACAAGUCUUAAAUGUGAAAACGUUUUCAACAUUUGUUAAAAACUCUUAUUGCACAGAGUGAACAGCAGCAGAUCCACUGUCUGAUGUCAGGCAUACCUGACUGCACUCAUCUAAACCCCAAUAUUGAAGGGAAUCCCUCACGUAGACCUCAUUCAGUGACGAGCUGCUCAGAAACAUCUUCCGCAUUACCUUCAGCCAUGUUUGUUUGUUUUUCUCGUAUUUAUCAUGAGAUGGAAAAUGUUUAUCAUGGAGGAUUUUUCUGGCAAUAUAUCGUGAACAAUAAUUUAUCGCCCAUCCCUACUGACUUCUUGCAGAGCCUUAUUUCAUAGGCUGAACAGAACACAGAAAAUCUCGAUAAAUUUGGGGCCAAUUGUACCAGCAUGUGCAGUCCUCUUUGAUCAAUUUUGGGAUUUUUUGCUCAUCUUGUCCUCUACAUGCUCAAGUUGUGUCUUCUGACAAAAAUCUCAACUUUUGACAGUCAGAUGAAUCUUUUAAUGUAAAUAUUUAAUGCUGAAAUUGUUCAAACAGCUUUUUCUUGUGCUUGGCUGACACCAAUCUCCUCACAGCAGUUUCAUGCAUUCAGUAUUACAGCAUUAAAAUCAUAAAUCUUGCUGCUGAUGGUCAUAUUCACUUUUGUAAGCCAUGAAAAGGCACCAAUGUGGAUUCACGUCUAUUUCAUGAACCUUAAAAAACUCUUAACAGGAGUUUCAACACUGAAGAAUCAAAAUUAAAGCCAAAGACCCAUUGGCCUUCUCCUCACAAAUCUUAAAUAUGAAAGACAAACAUUCAGAAUCAAACAUCAAAAUUAGAGACGAGCUUUGAUUUGAAGAUUGUGACUCAUCAGUAAAGGUCAUUUAUUUAUACAGUGUUUAAGUCCAGAGCUUGUGGUAAUGCAUGUGACAUUAUAUGUCCCUGUAUACUGUACAUAGGCCAAAAUAGCACAAACGACUUGGAGAGCUCUGCAACCCACUAAAUCAUCAACCUGCUGUGACCUCUUAGUGUCAAACCUCAGUGGCCUGUUACAUAAGGAUGAGGUUGUGCAUGCAUCUCAGCAUGUAGACAUUUGAGCGCCUCCUAUUUCCAAAAAGAAAAGAAAAAACCCCUGAUGUAACGCCUGUAGAUGUCCUGAGUCGAUCCUAAAGACUCUCAUAGGGCCAGUUAUUUGUUUUUUUAUUGCAUCAUUGCCUGCUGUUCAGAUAGUUAUCCAUAACUGAUUCAUAAGCUGUAGAUGAAAAAAGCCCAUUAUGCAAUAUAUGAAACACUGUUGCUGACAACUGUAUGAAUCACAGAAUACAGACGUACAUCUACCUAAAGGAGGGGGGGGGUCUCCUCUACCCGACUGUAUUUCAACAAAAGUUAAUAAUUGUGUUAGUUUCAUUGUCUGUUUAUGUCUUCAUUAUGUCAUCAGCAGUACAUUUUGUAAAUUUUCCUAUUAACACGUUCUCAAAAAAGUUCUGGUCUGCGUUUCAUUUUCACAAAAGAGAAUCCAUACCCUGAAGAAGGUUGAUGUUAAUGAAGUUGCUAGUUUAACUCAAAUAAUGCAGAUUAAUGUUAGACCUCAGCUUCUAAAUGUUCAUAUCACACAUCCCACCUCAGUCUUUACAUGAAACAGACAGACAGACGUUACAGUGGAUGUCUCCUUGUCUGCACCCUGGUUUCGUGCUGAUAGAAUCUGGUCAGCGAAAUGUACUCGAUAAUCUCACCCAGUUGUUGUCUAUGUGUGGGGUAACACUGUGGUAACCCUAAAAGAUUAUAAGUUGCACGGUUUUACACGACACAUUUUGUUACCGGGGGAAAAGAGGCUUAAACUGGGCCCCUGUGUGAAGACGUCCUUUAUGUUCAGCAAUGUGCAGAAUCUAUGCAGCUGUGUUACUCUCUUUAAUCGCCCUGCCUGCUGCCUAUUGUGCAGUUGUGCUCAGCCUACAGUCUUGCUGAAAGUUCUGAGUGAUCUUUCCUCCCUCCAGCACCAAUGUAGAGGACACAGCUCACUUUUUAGAGGACAGUAAGAUAUUUCAAGUACAGCAUAUACACUAGGGUUGGGAAUCACCAGUGACGCCAUAAUACAAUAUAAUUCCGAUACUUGGGCCACGAUACGAAAUUAUUGCGAUUUUAACAUUUUGCGAUACAGUGAGUAUUGCAGUACAAUAUAUUGCAAUUUAUAAAUUUUUUCAACUGUUUAGCUAAUUUAGCAUUUGUCUGUCCUUUAUGUUUGUCUUAUUUACACAGUAUUUUGUUUUCAUGUAGCACAUCUUGCAAACCUUAUGUGUCAGGUCCAUCUCAUUUGUGCCCUGCUUACAUUCCUAAUGUCUAAUAUAUUAGGUGUCUAAUAUACACCUGAUAUAACAGCAACAAGAUUAAGCCUGAGCAAUGCAUGUUGCUCUGAGGGGACACUGUCUCGUCUUUUGAUGAAACAUCCGUUGCUCUUGUAUUUACACUUUAUAAAGCAUUUUUGCCCAAUUUUUGUAAACUUUUCAGACUUUCUUGCAGUUUGUAGGAUUGUAUCUGCAGUUUUGGUUUUCACACAGUGACUCAACUCAUCAACUGACUUUUAAGAAAACAGCGUAGGAAAUAUAAUUUUAAACCAAAAGAGCAAACAUGAAACUUUUGUGAACCUUAACAUAUUUAUUCUACAGCAAAUUCCACUAUUGAUCUGUUGAUAGGACACCAGAUGAACCAGAUUUCAUCACUAAUCUAUGGGUAUGCUCUCUGCAGAUGUAGUGGUAAAAGAACACUCAUUUUUAAAGGCAUGGUAUCAUAAUCACAUAGACUGGUGUAUGUGUAGUCAUUUUAGCCAACAGUUAACAAACUAAAACUUUCAGCCCCUCAGCAGAGAAAUCUUUGAGUCCACAGGGAUUUAACCUGUGAUUCACUGAACGCCCACCUGCACUUGAACUUUGUGAUUGACUGUGACUUGAUGUUUGCUCAGGUUCAUUGACGCAAGAACAACCACUCCUCUGCCUGACUAGGUCAUCUGAAAUUACAAAUUACAAAUUGCCGCCACCCAGUUUAGGGCUGAAACUCGACUCUUGGUCAAUAAUUUGAUUAGAAAUAAAUCCAACUUCGUCAACUUAAAGAUGCUGAUGCAGAGUAAAAUAGCUCAAUGGCUCAAUCACAUAUCCUGUGUACAGAUCUACUUGAGCAUAUCAAAAACUUCCUCAACCUAUUUGACAUUUAGUUUGGAUAAUAAUUUGAAUCUUUGUAAUAUUUCUGAAACCUCUUUCCUUCCUCCUCCUCCAGGUGGGCGACAUGGUGAAGGUGACCAAAAUAAACGUGAACGGCCAGUGGGAGGGUGAAUGUAAAGGCAAACGCGGCCACUUUCCCUUCACGCACGUCAAACUGCUGGACCAGCACAACACGGAGGAAGAGCUCAGCUGAGAGCGGACAGCAGAGCUGCAUCCUGGACACUAGCAUUAGACCCUUCCUGUCUCCUCCCUCCCCCACACUCACCCUCUCUUCCAUCUCCACCUGCACCAAGUACAGUUUCAUAGAGUCACUGAGAAAACAAACAGGCCUUUUCGUUGGACCCUUGUACCACACACAGCCUCCAUGUCUAUCCCUCUGAAUAAUCACACUACCCUUAUCCCUCCACCUGUGCUGAGUGACAGACUUAAACCUGGGUGAUAGACUCCAAACUAGAGGAGCUGUAGACUCAAUCCCCUGAUCCAUGGAUGUGGCAACACCCUGUAGAUCCUCCCCUUCUUCACAUCGCCACCAUGGACACGUUAUCAGCGCUAACUCCUUAGGAGACUUCAACCACUUCCUCUUCCUGUGUUGGAGCCAGUAGAUAACUCUGCAGCACCGUGUCAUUCGUAAUCCUCUCCCUCAUCCGUCAUCACAGUCACAGCAUUGCAGAAACUCUCAUGCUGCAUUCAUGUCUAAGUUAUAGCAAGGUUUUAUCUUGUUUAAAACAUGGAUGCAUAAUUAAAACCUCAGUACUGGACUUAAGAACGAUCUUAUUAAGAAAAAUGAAAUACUCUCUGGUGUGUAUGCGAAAAAAAGGAUUGAGGUUUACUCCAUGGGUGUGCAGCUGUUGGACUGAAUUAUCUCUGAUUGUAACCUCACUUUUCAAGGCUUGGGUAGAGUUGCAAAAACACGACCUGGUGGAUCCUCUAAAUCUUUAGCAGAACUAUCACAGAACUCAAAAUAUCAAAUGCGCAGACAUUUUUAGCCAAUGCAAUACCUACAGUGUCCACUGUGCAAAAAUGAAGCAGUACUGAGGGAUAUCAGUCAAAAGUGAUCAGAUCAGAGCAAAGCUAUCAGGUUGGGUCACUUUCUAAAAUCGGUUGUUAACAUUACAAAAAAAUAAUCAUGAACUAGGACAAGAUUUGACAAUCCAGUCUUUUUUAUUUUUUUUUUAUUUAGUGGAUUAAACCUCCAAUCUUUUAGGUUGAAUUAGGACUAUCCCAUUCUGCAAAGGGUUAGAUUAAAUUAGCAAUCUGUGAUGCAACUUUUUACAACAAUGUAAUGUAAGAAGUUUUUUUAUUUUUUAUUAAAUGUUAGAAGUUUUUUUUAAUUUGCUCUUAAGAAGCUGCCUGGUCAUUGUUGGGUAGGCAUUAAGAAAUUUUAGGUAAGGAUUUUGAGAGUGAAAUAUGUAUUUCUAUAUCAGGAUAAUUCCUUUUGAUCAGCUGACCGUGGUCUUAAUAAUCCAUCCAUGUUUAAACACUUUUAAGGUAUCAUAAAUGUUCUUUUUUGAUUUUACAAUCUUUAAAAAAAACAAAAAAACUUGACCUUCUUAAAAGUGCUCUGUUGCUUUCUUGCUCAAAGUUAAACAGGAAUGAAAACUACCACGACAGCAAAUUACCUUAUUAAAAGUUUGUUAAUUAGCAUGGUGCAGUUUGCUUUUACAAAACAAUUGAAUAGAGGGUGAUAUUGGUUUGACACACCUGCACAACACCCAGUACAGAAAUGGUGUUGAACAGACCAGUUGUUGGUAUGAUUGUAAAGCAGGGGUGGGACAUUAUGUGCCAUGGAGAGCCGAGAGGCUGCAGGUUUUCUUUCCAACCCGAAACUCCACCAGGUGAUUUCGCUGAUUACCUUACCUCCAAGCAGAGAGCAGGGACUAAUCAGUGAAAUCACCUGGUGGAGUUUUGGGUUGGAAAGAAAACCUGCAGCCUCUCGGCCCUCCAUGGCACAUGAUUGCCCACCCCUGUUGUAAUGCAAUCUGAUAAACUUGUGACUCGAAUUUCAGGUUGUGUUGUCCACCCCUAUAUUCCUUUACUCAGCAAGAAAGCAAAGAGGAGCAUUUCCACUCAGCACUUGUGCACUUAGUGAUGAAUUCAAGUCCAAACGUCUGACAUCAGCCACAAAGAAUUACAAUAACUCUAGAGUUUGUCAUGUCAGGUGACUUUUCACCAUUUGUUUGAACUGGUACCUCCAUGACAGAUAAGUAGUUUGUAGGAAAUUUUGAAAAAUGAGACGCCAGGACAGAAAUUUGUUGCUAAAAUGUUUCCGGAGUUUACCGCCUCAGACUAAACCGAACAGUAUUUCCUGUUUACUGCCUGCCUACACUGAGAUUUCAGACUGUUUUACCAAGUAAGGAGUAAGUUUUACAGUUAAUGUAACGAGACAUGAAUGCAGCAUUAUUGUAGGCUUAACAGGACUGUGACAGAGGAGAGCAGAGAGGGUGAAGUAUGGCGGAAAGAUUCAACACAAAGAUUCAACACAAGAACUUUAUCGCUCUGAAAGACAUGAAGUCAACAGGAGGGAUACGGUCCUCUUGUAGGACCAGUCCAGCACCCUGAACACUGAAAAACCAAACGCAGGAAACAAACCUGAGUCGAGACCAGCAGCUUGGAGCGUCGCCUUGUAUCAUAGCCGUAGAAGAGCAGUCCAACCCCCCAGGAGGUAAACCUGAGAAACCUCAAGACUAUUAUUGAGGUGAUGACAAAGGCAACACUACAUUCAAACUCUCACGCCUCCCACCCUGGCUCACUUCAGCCCAACUCACCCAUCUACUAUGACCAAGUACCGCCAAGUAGUCUUUUGUAAGAAAAAAAAAGAACAUAUUGUUAUGAAAUGAUGUACUAUGUGAUUAUCAUUACAUGCUAAGAUAUUGUUUUUUUUGUCAUAUUUGUAGUUCUCUUCAUAGCUGGUUUUUGUUUUUCUUCGGGAGGAUUUCAGUGUACACUUUUUACUGCUGCAUGUUGGGAGGGAGCAACGGGUCUCUGGUGCAAAAACUGACUCAAGGGGGAGGGAGGGCUCAUCUGUUUGCCCUCUAGCCCCCAUAAGGCCACAUGUGUGCUCAUUCUGGAUGAAGUUGAAAAGAGUGAAUGUAGGCUGUCCACCAUGUUAGUAAGUAGCGUCUUGUCAUAUUAGCACUCUGCUCUCGACUCACUGAAUAUACCGUAGCAAAAACAAAUCAUCGUAUGUUCUUCCCCGAGUAAGGAGAAAGUGGUUUAUUUUGGUACCUGCCCCCCACCUCCUCCUCCUUUUUUUUAACCAUUUAAUAAUCAUGCCUCCACUUUCCACUUUUUAAAAUCCAUUUUCUUCUUCCCUACUCGAAACUCUGCCUUCGUCUAUCUAAAGCCUUUUCCAUUUUGAUGCACAUACAACUUUUUUACUGUCUUACUUCUCUCUUCUGUGACAUUUGUGUUGCCAAUCGAUCAGACAUUUAGAAAAGCAAAUCAUGUUGUGGUCCAAAUUGCCUUUUCCCCCCCUUAAGAAGUGAUUUUCCAUUUACAUUGAAUCAAUCUUUUUGUUGACAUCUGACAAUCAUCACUUUUUAGUAUCAUGAAGCAGACUGGUUUGGAUUGAAGCAGGCCUAAAAUGUAUUUCAGAUUUUUAAACUGAGCUUUGGAAACUCCUCAGAAGUCAUGCUCUAGUAUUUUUGGCAGGUUCGUUUUCACCUUUAGGUGGCACUGUAGCAGCAUACAAAGAAAAUAAAAAACUUGCUCUGCCAGGGCUGAUGAGAUUGAAGGAGAUGAAAUUAGAUUUUUAACAGAAUGCACUUACUGCGUUGACUCUUGUUUGCAUUGAUGAUUGCUCUCUUUCCAGGGUUGUUAAUUCUCCUUGAUUUCUCCUCCCUGACCUUCAAGCUUUGCCUGACUGUCUAUACAAACUCUUGUUAAGCUAUAUUCCACUUAUAAUCUUGAUUAACUUCUUAAAAGUAACAUUUUUGUUUACUUCCAGCUUUUCUACUUGGUCCAUCUUUGUGUUUUUUUAAUCAAAUCAUGCUUCUUUCUUACUCACACGUGCACUCGGCAGGUGCUCACCUACAUGAAUCAUUAUCUUAAAAAUUGUGUUGCCAAUGAAACCACCAAGAAGUAUUUUUUUAGUAGCCCUGCAUGAAGUCAUUCAUUUCCUUUCAAGCAAAGGAAGGGGUGGCCAAAAUGCGAGUGGGGAUUGUGUUAAUAUCAAAAUGUGCCAUUUUAUUAUAACACUAUAUUCUUUCAAGACGAUUGACAAAUUACCUUUUUAUUUUCUGUAGCAUGUAAUGUGUUAAUAUACUAGUAAAUAAAGUCAAACCCAUGACAGAGUA